GAAGAAGUUGCCUGGUAACCACGCACGCAUAAUCCUGGAGACCGAGCAACAGAUUGCUACAGCUUCGCUAUAAUGUAACGAAGUUACCCGAAACUGACGAAGACAAAACAUUUGGUUGCUUUCUCAACAUCAGGCCACUAUUGCAGCUGAAAGAUGCCCCCUGGUUCAGAUGACGCCCGCAAAAAGUUUAUACUGACAACAACCGGAAACUUUUAUGGGAUAAAGCCUUCAUCGUCCCUGGCUGACAGCUCAGAGCUCAAUAACUUCUUGGACGAUGGAAAUGAAUUUGUCCUGUCCGUCAGCAGACGUGGCAAUGACCUUCACUUGUCGAAUAAGAUUGAAGCAUCAGCGGACAGCAGAGAGAAAGUGUUGGUUUUCUUCAAGCUGCAUCCCACCGUGAUCACAGAAGACAACCUUCACCAGAGCCUCCUUGUGUCAUCCAUGCUGGAGUCUCCCAUCAACACCCUCUACCAGGCUGUAAAACAAGUCUUUGCACCUGUACUGCUGAAGGAUGAGCGGUGGCGUUCUGCAUUUGACCCUAAACUGGCAGGCCUGUUGAGUGAGCUGGAGCUUGGCCUGGGUUCAGUGGUCCGCCAGUCUGGAGCACAACCCUCUGCCAAGAAGGACCGCGUAGAGGAAGAUGUUCUUGGAAUCCUGACUCCCAGUGAUGAGUUCCAGUACUGGGCUGAUCUCUCCGAGUAUGCAGAGAAGAACAGCGUGAGAGAAAGGGCCACAUAUUUCACAGAGCAAUUUAAAUCCAUACAAAAGGAAUAUGGUGGUCUUGAUGGCUUGUCUAUGUCUGAUGCUGUAGAUCUAGUGGAACUGAGCAGAGACACUUUGGAUGAUGUUUGGAGGCAAACUGAUUUUGAGCCAUAUCCAGAAACACGCAUGGUCCGACUUAUGGAUGUUAUCGGUGGAGCCAUGGGGAGAUAUGUGCAGAGAAAGCUGAGUGGUCUUAAAAUUUUUGAGGAGCCGUUUGUAUCAGUCAGAGAGAACCUGAGAACAGGUGUUGCCAUCUGUGAGCAAUGGGUGGUAGCCUGUGAGCAUCUGACUGGACAGGUGUGGAAAAGAUAUGCCCCCCAUCCCUGGAAGGGAAACAAGCACUGCCCGCAAACCCUGAAUUGCCUUGCAAAAAGGUUAGACGAGGUGGUGACUCUGCGCAUGGUUCAUGAGAAACUGCUGCGUCUGCUACCAGGAGUGAAACAGCAGGCCCUGACUUCAGAUCGCGUUUUUGAACCUUUCUCUGGGCUCAACCCUCUGCAUUACAACCCUUACACUGAGCCUCUUUGGAGAGCAGCAGUGGCUCAGUUUGAGCGCCUAAUGGCUCCGUCAGAGCAGGAGGUUGCUGGCAGGCUAAAGAGCUACAUUGCUGACGUGCAGGACAAUCCACAACAGCUGUUGCAGGUGUUUCAAAAAAACAAGGAGUUGAUCAGACGUCCAACCAUCAGCAAAGAGCUUCAGUCAGAGAGAGAGACCCUACUGGCCAGACUACUGGAUUACAAUAAAGGCCUGAAGACUGACUUUGAGAGUCGUUGCCAUGGAGGUCCUGGAGACAAGUCUGGGCCACUCAUUGGCAGGAACCUCCCUGAGGUGGUCAACAAAAUUGUCUGGGUCCGACAGCUCAUACACAAGGUUGAGGACUCUGUCCGCAUAGCUGAGGCGCUGCUUUCAGACCUGUCUGGGUUCAAAGGGUUCCUACAUUUCUGUGAUGACCUGCUAGAAGUUCUGAGGGCAUAUGAACAAGAACAGUUUGAGGACUGGUCAAGAGAUAUACUGUCCGGACUGGGUGACCCAAAGUCAGGCAUCAGUCUCCAGGCCAGUAACCGUGUAAUGGACCUGGACCAUGUGGACGGCAGACUAAAGAUCCAGUAUUCAGACAGACUUGUCAGUCUGCUCAGGGAGGUCAGACAGCUUUCUGCUCUGGGCUUUCCCAUCCCAGCCAAGAUACAACAGGCUGCUAAUACUGCAGACAAAUUCUACAGGCAAGCCAUUGUCCUAAAACAGGUGGCCCAUUUCUACAACACAAUAGACCAACAGAUGAUUCCCUCUCAAAGACCGAUGAUGCUUGGUCUUGCACUGGCCUUUGAACAGGUCAUCAAGAAUCCUCGUUCUCAGUCAAAGGAAUCAGGUGGUAAACUGCAGAUUACAUGGGACAACCCCAAAGAGUUGGAAGUUUACAUUACCAAGCUGCAGUCUUCUGCUGAGAAACUCUCCACCGAGAACAGGAAGUUGCGCAAAUGGCACACUGACUUUAUUGACAAGGUGGUGACACUGAUGAAUGUGGACCUACUGAGACAUCAGCAGAGGUGGAAGGAUGGCCUUCAGGACCUCCGCACUGGCUUUGCCACUCUGGAGGCUCAGGGCUUCAGGUCUGAUGACAUGCGGGCAUGGCGUCAGCACUGGAAUCAUCAGCUGUACAAGGCACUUGAACACCAAUAUCAGACAGGACUGGAAGCUCUAAAUAAGAAUCUACCUGAAAUACAUGUAGACCUCACUUUCAAGCAGGGACGUUUGCAGUUCCGUCCUCCGUUUGAGGAGGUACGAGCGCGCUAUUACAGAGAGAUGAAACGGUUCAUCUCAAUCCCAAACCAAUUCAAGGGGGUCAGUGCCCAGGGGGAGGAGCUUAUCUUCGGCGUCAUGAUUGAUAGAAAUGCCUCUGGGUUCCUCACCAUCUUCAGCAAGGCCGAGGACCUCUUUAGCCGCCUGCAUGCUAUACAGCACAAGUUCAAGGAGUGGGUGGUUCUGGGCCAGGUUGAUUUAGAGAAGUUAGUGGAGAAGCAUUUGAAUUCUGUGCAAGACUGGGAGAGAAACUUCAAGGCCCUAAAAGCCAGAGGGAAGGAGUCAGAACGACUGCCCAGUCAGGAGAAGGUGGACUGUAUUACUGUUAACUGUGAGCCAGUAAAAGCCAUCAUCGAUGACCACAUCCAGAGACUGUUUGAUAUUUUGCUUCUAUCACUCAGGAAGUCUAUACAAGGUCACACGCAAGCUAUAGACAGUUUUGUUUCAGAGUCGAUGGAAACCUUGUCCACUCGACCAGAGAGCAUGGAAGAGAUUGGUGCGGCCAGUGGCAAAUAUAGCCAGAUACUAGCCCGCAAACCUGAAAUCCUACCUCAGUUUCAGUGUGCUGAGGAGAAAAACCGCUUGCUGCGAGCAGUGGCUGGUGCCGGCCUGGAUUCACUGUCCUCACUGAGGGCCAAGUGGGACAAACUGGAGCUUGUCAUGGAGAGCCACCAGCUCAUGAUCAAAGAACAGGUGGAAGUGAUGCGAAGUAAUGCUGCCAGUCGUAUCGACGCCUACAGAGCGGAUCUGGAACGGUUUAAGGCCCGCUGGGACCAGCUUAAGCCUAAAGAUGACAUGCUCGAGAGUGGUGAUCAUGCUGCCCUUCUUGCGUGCCUCCAGACCAUCAGGGACAAGCAGCAAGAGUUUCAGGAGCUGGAGCUUGUGCGCAGUAAACUGCUUGAGGACUGUACCUAUUUUGACCUGGAGGCUCCAGAUUUCUCUCUGGCAGAAGAGACAAAAAGAGACAUGGAGGAGUACAGCCAGAUGUGGGGUCUGUAUGAGGAGUGGCAGCAAGGCUUCACAGAAAAGGCCCAGGAGGACUGGAUCACAUUCAGGAGUAAGACAUAUGUGUUUGAGGAGUUUCUGUUUACAUGGCAGGAGAGACUUAGGAAGUUGGAGCAGCCUACGGCAAUGUCUGUUAAACUGCAAGGAGAAGUGGACAAAUACAAGAACAUGGUCCCAGUGCUGAAGUAUGUGCGUGGGGAGCACCUGUCCCAGGACCAUUGGUUGGACAUGUUCCGUUUGCUUGGCCUUCCAAGAGGGACAACUUUGGAAAGACUAACCUUUAAUGACCUCCUCGGUGUGGCAAAUACCAUCAUAGAAAAGGCCUUGGAGCUCAAGGACUUGAACAGUCGUGCUCAGGCUGAAGUGACGAUCAGAGAAGCGCUGAGGGAACUGGAUUUGUGGGGAGCCGCAGCUACCUUCAACCUCACUGAGUAUACAGACAGCAGCAGGCGCACUCUCACCCUCAUCAAGGACUGGAAGGAUAUUGUCAACCAGGUGGGAGAUAACCGCUGUCUACUGCAGUCUCUGAAAGACUCUCCCUACUACCACAGCUUCCAAGACAAGGUCAGUCUGUGGGAGGUGCGUCUAUCAGACUUAGAUGAGUACCUCCUGAGUCUGAAUGCUAUUCAGAGGCGUUGGGUUUAUCUGGAGCCUAUUUUUGGAAGAGGGGCAUUGCCCCGGGAGGAGGCCCGCUUCAAACGGGUUGAUGAAGACUUCAGGUCUAUAAUGUCAGACAUUCAGAGAGACAACAGGGUUGUUUCUCUGAGCUCAAGGGCAGGUAUCAGAAACUCCCUUGUCACCAUACUGGAUCAGCUGCAGCGCUGCCAAAAGUCACUUAAUGAGUUCCUGGAGGAGAAGCGCUCUGCCUUCCCACGGUUCUAUUUUAUAGGUGAUGAUGAUUUGUUAGAGAUUCUUGGUCAGGCAACCAACCCAACUGUCAUCCAGUCACACCUCAAGAAACUCUUUGCAGGCAUCCACAGUGUCCGGUUUGAUGAGCAAUGCCAGCACAUUGUUGCCAUGUGUUCUUUGGAGGGGGAGAUAGUGCCACUCAGAAACCUAAUACGGAUCUCCAGCCUCGUUGAGGAGUGGCUAAGUGAGCUGUCUGUGGAAAUGAAGGAAACUCUGAAGCACCUGCUGUAUGAAUGUUUGUCAGCAGGGAAGAAAGGGGAGCUGGAUCCCUCACGUUACCCAUCACAGAUUCUUUGUCUGGCUGAGCAAAUCCAGUUUACAGAAGAUGUGGAAAGAGCUCUUAAAGAGCAAAACUUGCAGCAGCUUGAACUGGAGCUUAUGGCCAAAUUAGAACACUACACAACAGUGGACACCAGUGCUGAUGAUAACACUAACACAGAGUCCAGUGUCCUGCAGCUGAAGCUGAAGGCCUUGAUCCUGGAUAUUAUUCACAACAUCAGUGUAGUGAAGCAACUUAAUCAGGCAGGAGUUACCAGUCCUGAUGCCUGGGCCUGGAAGAAGCAGCUUCGCUUCUACAUGGGAACAGACAAAUGCUGCCACAUACAUAUGGUGGAUGCACAAUUCAGCUAUACAUAUGAAUACCAGGGGAAUGCGGCUAAGCUGGUGCACACUCCUCUGACUGAUAAGUGCUACCUCACUCUGACUCAGGCCAUGAAGAUGGGUCUUGGGGGGAACCCCUAUGGGCCUGCUGGCACAGGCAAGACAGAGUCGGUCAAAGCCCUUGGGGGGCUGUUUGGGCGCCAAGUCCUGGUCUUCAACUGUGAUGAGGGUAUCGACGUGAAGUCAAUGGGACGAAUCUUUGUGGGUUUGGUGAAGUGUGGAGCAUGGGGCUGCUUUGACGAGUUUAACCGCUUAGAGGAGGCAGUGUUGUCUGCAGUUUCCAUGCAAAUUCAGGCCAUUCAAGAUUCCCUUAAACAUCACAAGAACAGAUGUGAUUUGUUGGGGAAAGAGGUGGAAUUGGACCCAAACUCUGGAGUGUUCAUCACAUUGAACCCAGCAGGAAAAGGCUACGGAGGCAGACAGAAGCUUCCAGACAACCUAAAGCAGCUGUUCAGACCUGUGGCCAUGAGCAGGCCAGACAAUGAGCUCAUUGCUGAGGUCAUCCUCUACUCUGAGGGCUUCAAAAAUGGAGAAAUGCUGGGGCGCAAACUGGUUGCAAUUUUCAACCUUGCCAGGGAGCUGUUGACUCCACAGCAGCACUAUGACUGGGGUUUGCGUGCUCUGAAGACAGUGCUGAAGGCCUGUGGCAGUCUCCUGCAGCAACAGAGGAGGAGUCAGGAGAAGGACAAGAUUCAGGAGAGUAGUCUGGUGGUGCAGGCAUUGAGACUGAACACCAUGUCCAAGCUGACGUUUGCCGAUAGCACUCGGUUUGAUGCUCUGGUCAGAGAUGUCUUCUCAGGGGUUAAUUUCACUGACGUGGAGGACCAGAUACUAAUGCAUGCACUGGAACAAGUCUACAAGGAGGCACGACUUGAACUUAUACCCAGUCAGCUGAAGAAGGCACUGGAGCUGAAUGAACAGCUGAGACAGCGUAUGGGAGUAGUCAUUGUAGGGCCAAGUGGAGCAGGGAAGUCUACACUCUGGAGGAUGCUGAGGGCCGCUCUCAGCAAGACAGGCAAAGUGGUGAAGCAGUACACAAUGAAUCCUAAGGCUAUGCCCAGACAACAGCUGCUGGGACAUAUAGACAUGGACACCAGAGAAUGGGCUGAUGGCGUCCUCACACAUAGUGCUCGCAAUGUGGUCAGAGAACCACAGGAGGUGAGCUCAUGGAUUGUAUGCGAUGGCGACAUCGACCCAGAGUGGAUUGAGAGUCUGAACUCUGUGCUUGAUGAUAAUCGACUGUUGACCAUGCCUAGCGGAGAACGCAUCCAGUUCGGACCCAAUGUUAACUUCCUGUUUGAGACUCACGACCUUAGUUGUGCCUCACCAGCCACCAUAUCACGCAUGGGCAUGAUCUUUCUCAGUGACGAGGACAUUGAUGUGGGUGCCUUGUUGAAGUCUUGGUUAAAGGGUCAGCCAGAGGAGUGUUGCAGCAAUCUAGAAAACUGGUUAGGAGACUACUUCCAGCGAGCCCUGGACUGGGUCCUCAAACAGAAUGACUUUGUGGUGGAGACUAGUCUGGUGGGUACAGUGUUCAAUGGUCUGUCACACCUCAACGCUGUGACAGAGAGAGGUCAGUUCAUUGUUGGUCUUCUUAGAGGUUUGGGAGGAAACCUCAACCUUAAAACGCGACGGGAGUUUGCCAAAGAGUUGCUGAGCUGGGCCAGGGAAAGCCCACCAGACAUCAAAAAACCAUUAGAUACCUACUAUGACUCUGACAGAGGCCAGCUUGCAGCCUACACAUUUCAGCGUCCCGAGGGUCUCACACUGGAGCAGCUCUCUCAUACACAUACUCUACCGGUGAUUGAGACUCCCGACAUGCAGAGAGGUCUGCAGUGUUUCUCUCCGUGGCUCACCGCUCAGCACAGGCAGCCCUUCAUGGUAGUAGGGCCAGAGGGAUGUGGAAAAGGCAUGCUCCUGCGCUAUGCCUUUUCUCGGCAGCGAUCCACCCAAGUUGCUGUAGUUCACUGCAGCGCCCAGACCUCAUCUCGUCACGUCCUGCAAAAGCUCAGCCAGACUUGUCUGUUGCUCAGCUCUAACACUGGUCGAGUCUUCAGACCCAAAGACUGUGAGAACCUGGUGCUCUACCUAAAAGACAUCAACCUACCCAAACCUGACAAGUGGGGGACCAGCAACCUCACUGCCUUCCUGCAACAGGCGUUGACGUAUAAGGGGUUCUAUGAUGAAAAUCUGGAGUGGGUGAGUCUUGAGAACAUCCAGGUGGUGGCCUCCAUGUCAACAGGGGGUGCGGUCGGCAGCCAUUCACUCACCUCCCGCUUCUCAUCUAUAGUCCGCAUCUGCACUAUAGACUAUCCAGACAGGGAGCAGCUGCAGACUAUCUACUCAGCAUACCUGCAGCCAGUUCUCCAGCAUAGCCUGGGCAGCCAGGCAUCCUGGGCCAGCACAGGGAAAACACACCAGCUGGCUGGUUCUCUUGUGCAGCUCUAUGAACAGGUGAAAGCCAAAUUUACAGUCGAUGACCACAGCCACUACCUAUUUACCCCCUGCAUCCUCACAGAAUGGGUUCUCAGCCUGCUUCGAUAUGACCUCACUGCAGCUCAAUCUAAUGUGACAGACAGUGUGUUGGAGGUGGUAGCAUAUGAGGCCAGGAGGCUGUUCAGAGACCGGCUUGUUGCCUCCAAAGACCUUCACACCUUCGAUAACAUCCUCUCCUCCAUCAUACGUGGAGACUGGAGCUCUGACGCUUUAGACAACAUGACUGAUGGUUUCUAUGUGACAUGGGGAGCCUCUGAAGGGGCUGUAAUGGCUCCAGGCCAGUCUUUACCUCCUCAUGGUAAACAACUGGGACGUCUGGAUUUGGCUGACCUAAAACAAGUUAUACAGAAGGGAGUAGUGCUGUACAGUCGUGAUAACAGGGAGCUGGAUCUUCUUCUAUUCUGGGAAGUGUGCGACUUUGUGUCAAGAGUGGAUCGGGUCCUGAGCAGACCGGGUGGGUCUCUCCUUCUGGCGGGCUGCAGUGGAGUGGGUCGGCACACAGCCACAUGCCUGGUGUCACACAUGCAUGGAUAUACAUUAUUCACGCCCAAAAUCACACGUGGUUACACCCUAAAGAAUUUCAGCAAUGAUCUAAAGUCGGUGAUGCAGUUGGCAGGUCUGGAGGGCCAACAGGUUGUUUUACUGUUGGAAGACUACCAGUUUGUUCAUCCAGCUUUCUUAGAGAUGGUCAACAGCCUGCUAUCAUCAGGUGAAGUUCCAGGUCUGUACACCCCAGAAGAACUGGAACCUCUCCUCUCAUCCCUCAAAGAUUCUGCAUCCCAGGAUGGAUUCACCGGGCCGCUCUACAACUACUUCUCCUACAGAAUCCAGCAGAACCUCCACAUUGUUCUGAUCAUGGACUGCUCGAACUCUAACUUUACCAUCAACUGUGAGAGCAACCCAGCUUUCUACCGCAAGUGUUCAGUCCAAUGGAUGGAAGGAUGGUCUGAAAGCAGCAUGAAGAUGAUUCCUGAACUGCUGCUGGCAAAGACAGAAGGAGGAGGGGAUAUGAAUGAAAGAGAAAAGGCCACAAAGGGGAAAAACUCAGCAGGGUCUGCUCAGGGAGACCUGUGCCGUUUGUUCCUGAUGGUCCAUGAGUCAUGUAAAGAACAUGGUGCGACUCCCAGCCAGUACAUGGCCUUUCUGCAUGUUUACACUGCAUUAUAUAGCCGGAAGCAGAGCCAGCUCACAACAAGACAACAGCAUUUGCAGGCAGGAGUGUCGAAGCUAAACGAAGCUAAGGCAUUGGUCGAUGAGCUGAAAAGGCGGGCUGCAGAGCAGAGUGCACUGCUAAAGACUAAACAACAGGAGGCAGAUUCUGCCCUACAGGAAAUCACCACGUCCAUGCAGAAUGCCAGUGACCAGAAGACAGAAAUGGAAAAGAUAAAAGGGAAAAUGGCUCAAGAAGUGUCUAAAAUUGAAGAGAGAAAGGCCAAAAUCGAUGAUGAGCUUAAGGAAGUGCAGCCUUUGGUAGAUGAAGCAAAACGUGCAGUUGGAAACAUCAAGCCUGAAGCUCUGUCUGAGAUCCGCUCCCUCCGCAUGCCCCCUGAUGUCAUCAGAGACAUCCUAGAGGGGGUACUGAGAUUGAUGGGCAUAUUCGACACCUCCUGGGUCAGCAUGAAGAGCUUUCUGGCUAAGCGUGGUGUGAGGGAGGACAUAGCUACAUUUGAGGCCAGGAACAUCACCCCUGAGAUUCGACAGAGUGUGGAAGAGCUGCUCAACAAGAACAAGGCCUCUUUUGAUCCCAAGAAUGCAAAGCGUGCAAGUGCAGCAGCUGCUCCUUUGGCCGCCUGGGUUAAAGCCAAUGUCCAAUACUCCCACGUUACAGAGAGGAUAGAGCCACUGGAGAAAGAGCAGGCCGGACUACUGGAAAACCUGAGAAAAACGGAAAGUAGGAAGAAUAAACUGGAGGACCAACUCAACUCUGUUGGAGCCAAGGUCAACGAGUUGAAAGAGAAGUUUCAGUGUUAUACUACAGAGGCAGCUAAGUUGGAGGCUGAGGUGACAAAAGCUCAAGACACGAUCACUGCGGCCCAGCAGCUCAUAUCACAACUGGAUGGAGAACACACACGGUGGAACGCACAGAUGUCUGAGAUAAAGAAUGAGUUGGACACACUCCCUAUGAGGGCCAUGUUGGCUGCAGCCUUCAUCACCUAUCUGUCUGCAGCUCCUGAAGACCGUAGAAGACACUGUCUGGAGACAUGGAUGGCUCAAUCUGGACUACAGAAGUUUGACCUGCGGUCAUUUCUCUGCUCAGAGAGUGAGCAGUUGAUCUGGAAGAGUCAAGGGCUGCCAUCUGAUGAUCUCUCAAUGGAGAAUGCGCUUGUCAUACUACAGAUCAAUGCACUCAAGUUACGGAGUGUUGCCUGUCCAUUCCUGAUUGACCCAUCAUCCCGAGCUACAGAGUGGCUACGCACACAUCUCAAAGAGCACAGACUAGAGGUUAUUAACCAACAGGAUAAUAACUUCAUGACAUCCCUGGAGCUGGCGGUCAGAUUCGGAAAAACACUUAUCAUCCAAGAGAUGGAUGGAGUUGAACCUGUGCUCUACCCACUGCUGAGGAGGGACCUCAUAGCACAGGGUCCGAGAUAUGUGGUUCAGAUAGGAGACAAGGUUAUUGAUUACAACGAGGACUUCCGUCUCUUCAUGGCAACACGGAAUCCUAACCCCUUCAUCCCCCCUGAUGCCGUUUCCGUGGUUACAGAGAUCAACUUCACUACUACCAGGGCAGGCCUGCGUGGACAGCUGCUGGCCUUGACCAUCCAGCAAGAGAAGCCAGAGUUAGAGACUGAAAAGACAAGACUACUACAACAAGAGGAAGACAAGAAGAUACAGCUGGCACUGUUGGAGGAGUCACUGCUAGAGACCUUGGCUACAGCUCAGGGUAAUAUUCUGGAGAACAGAGAGCUGAUAGACAGUCUAAACCAGACCAAGGCCAGCAGCGCCCUGAUCCAGGAGUCACUCCUGGAAUCACACAGGCUGCAGGCAUCCCUGGACCAGGAGCGGGAUGCCUACCUGCCUCUUGCAGAGAGCGCCAGCAAGAUGUAUUUUGUCAUCACCGACCUGUCGAAGAUCAACAACAUGUAUCGCUUCAGUCUAGCUUCUUUUCUUCGCCUCUUCCAAAGGGCUCUUCAAGCUAAGAAGGAAGCAGAGAAUACAGAAGCCAGAAUUGCUGCUUUGGAAGCCAGCUUGAAGAAUAUGGUGUACGAAUAUGUCUGCCGGUCGCUUUUCAAGGCUGACCAGUUGAUGUUUGCUAUGCACUUUGUGAAAGGCAUGUACCCUGAACUCUUCCAGGAGAGUGAAUGGGAUGUCUUCACUGGAUCCGUCGUGGGAGAAAUGUUUAAGAAAGAGGAGUUCCCUUCAUGGAUUGAUCAGGAGAGGCAUGGGGCAUUGGCCAUUUUUAAAGCAACAUUCCCAGCCCUCUACCAGUCCCUGUGUUUGAGUGACUCAGACCUUUGGCUGUCCUUCUCGCAGAGCUCACAGUGUGAACAGGAAAUCCCAUCCUCCUUUGCCAAGAAGAUUUCUCCCUUUCAGCAGCUGUUAUUGGUUCAGGCGGUCCGACCAGACAGACUGCAGAGUGCCAUGGCAGCAUUUGCAACGCAGGCCCUGGGUUUCUGCAUCCUCACCCUUUGCCCCGCCGAGCCCGAUAAGUCAAGGCCUGGCCACUAGAGACUUGAUGUUUCAUUUUUCCUGUGCAAGGUGCUACAGCUCCCUCUGGGCUAAUUCAUAAGGGUCAGUGAAGGCAUCCAUAAGUGAAGUCGGUACCAGAACACUUUUGUGGUCACAUCAUCAGAUUUGAGGCCAAAUGUCUUUGACACUCAGGUGAAGAGAAGAGCAGUCUGGUUGUGGCUGCUAGGGGCUGCAGUCAGAAGGUCAUUGUGCUUGUUGUUGUGGCAACCUAAGAACCAGCUGAUGGACACCAGCCAUGAAGGAGGCUGUUAAGCUGAAGAAGGGGACCUUUCAGUGUUGUGUUUAGUGUUAGCCCAGGGGUCUCUUGAAGGAGCAGACAAGUACCAGGGGCCUGUAACUGAGGCAAAAACCUGGGUAUGGGAGAAGUUCAGGGAGGCCAUGAAGAAAGACUUUCUGUUAGUCAGGUAAACCGUACAAUGACUAAGGAAGGCAAAGCAGGGCUUAGCUCAGGCUGUGUUCAGCUGGUGAGGGGAUAUUGUUGAGCUUUGGAAAGAGCACUUUGAGGAGUUCUUAAGCUAGCUAAAAAUCCUCUGUGGUUGAGGCAGAGUCUGAAGAUUGGUUUCCAGCCAAAUGUGAAGUGGCUAGGAUGAGAGCCAGCACCUCCAAGUCUGAGGCCAAGGUUUUUGCCAGAAAACAGUGGAAUCCUCUAGGUUUGGAGUUAGUUGCUGCUCCAAGUGGAGGAGUUUAAAUAUCUUGGGAUCUUAUUCAUAAAGAUGGUAAAAUGGAGUGUAAGAUCAAAAUGCAGAUAGGUGCUUCACUUUAUCAGUCAAUCUUUAUUUCAGUUCUUGCCUAUGGCCAUGAGCUUUGGGUAGUGACCGGAACAAUGAUAUUGUGGAUACAAGCAGCCGAAAUGAGUUUAGAGGUGGGGUCAGGAGCUCGGAAAUCUGCAGGCAGCUUUCAUGUUGUGGCCAGCUGAGGUCGUUCAGGCAUCAGAUUAGGAUGCCACCUGAACACCUUCCUUUGGAGUUUUUCUGGGCUCAUC